GUGCAGGGUGGCUGAGCAGUGAGAGGCUACGGCGGCCAUGGCUCCCAACGCGUCCGUGGCCGAACCGGCCAGAGAACAUCCUAAAGGCAUCCGGGCUGUGCUGCUGGGGCCGCCGGGGGCCGGCAAGGGUACCCAGGCACCCAAAUUGGCUGAAAACUUCUGUGUCUGCCAUUUGGCUACUGGGGACAUGCUGAGGGCCAUGGUGGCUUCUGGCUCAGAGCUGGGAAAAAAGCUGAAGGCAACUAUGGAUGCCGGGAAACUGGUGAGCGAUGAAAUGGUAGUGGAGCUCAUUGAGAAGAAUUUGGAGACCCCUCCAUGCAAAAAUGGUUUUCUUCUAGAUGGCUUCCCUCGGACUGUGAGACAGGCUGAAAUGCUUGACAACCUCAUGGAGAAGAGGAAAGAGAAGCUUGAUUCUGUGAUUGAAUUCAGCAUCCCCGACUCUCUGCUGAUCCGGAGAAUCACAGGAAGGCUGAUUCACCCCCUGAGUGGCCGUACAUACCAUGAGGAGUUCAACCCCCCAAAGGAGCCCAUGAAAGAUGACAUCACUGGGGAACCCUUGAUCCGCCGAUCAGAUGAUAAUGAGAAGGCCUUGAAAGUCCGCCUGAAGACCUACCACACUCAGACCGCCCCCCUGGUGGAGUACUACAGUAAACAAGGGAUCCACUCUGCCAUCGAUGCGUCCCAGACCCCUGAUGUCGUGUUUGCGAGCAUCCUAGCAGCCUUCUCCAAAGCCACAUCCUAGUAACAGAAGGCCAGGCGAGACCGCACCACUGCUCAUCACCCCGCGGCGUGACCCCUGCUCUUAGGUGCUGGGCGGCGGGGAGGGGUGGUCGGGGGAGAGUGGUGAGGGGCUCAAGAGGGGUAUUGGAAGAACGGCAGUGUUGUGGUGAGGCGAUUUCUUUUACAUAUAGUAGGAAUCUUUAAAAGUAAUGCGGAAAAUUAAUUUUUUAAAAACCUGAUUGGAGGGUAUAAGUAGAAAUAGGGAGAUGCAGUAUUAUUUCUAAGAAAUCAAGUUUCAUUUACUCUGGACUGGUGAUAAUAUUUUUUAAAGCUGUGCCCUGAGAUCUCAGCUUUUACCUCAGAACCUCAUGGGUUGCCAGCCUGGCAAUGCAGAAAAUCAAACUCUUGUCCUAUCUGUCCUGUAGCUGGGAACAGGGAGGGUUUGACUACUGACCCAGGUUCCCCACACCAUGAGAUCAAAAAAUCAUCUCCACAUUUGAAAGAGAUGGAGUGUGUUCACUGGGGCAGUGGCUCAGCAAAUCAAGUUUACUGGAGUCAUGACAAGGGUGGGGUAGCCUGCUCUCGCUCCUUUCCUGACUUCCCAGUGAUUUACCAGUCCACCUGCUCUCAUGGGUAGGCUCUCAGCAGCCACCCAGCAUAUGCCACAGUCCUACGCUCUUGCCUUCUUCCAUCCAUGGUGCGUGAAGGGACGCUUUUUAAUAAAUGAGCAAGUGUCCUAAGGAACAUCAUCCAAAGAUUGUUCUUUCCAUCCUCAAAUCCUGUGACUGGAAUCACUCAACAGCACUGUGAUAUAUUAUUUUCAAUGAGGUGCCUUUCUUAACUGACCAAAUGCUGCCUUGUUUGGCCCCUAAAUCAAUAAAGUAUAUUAAAAAUUUGUA